AUGCCGCCCGCUGGGCCCGCCCGCCGGGUCAACGCAUCUUGGGCGCAGUUCCGCACGGUAACGAACAUCCGUGCACCCCGAAAUACCACCCCUCAGCUUCUCUUGCCGCUGCCACAGAGCAGGCUGGCAGCUCCGGCACCCGGCGCGGCAGCGACGGACCCGGCCGUGGGGCCGCCACAAGCGCGCCAGUCGUGCACCCGGCGAAACCCGGGGAGAGCGCUUAUAAAGGGUGGAGCGUAUGGGCGGCGCGUCCGAACGCGAGGCUUGCGAUGGCGUAGGCGGGCAGCAAUCGUGUGUCGCGGCGAGCAAAAAAACUGGCGAGCGGGCGCGCAGGAAAGCGAGAACACGGUUUUGGACCAGGACAAGACACAAAGCAAUCUCACUUGGACGGGUCAUACAGGUUGGGCCAUGUCGUAUAACAACACGAUGACAUCGAACGGGACGGAGAUGCGGAGUCCGGUGUAUUUGGGGCCGGAGCAGGCGGCGGGCAGGCCGGCAGCGGCGAAGGCUGUGGACACGGUGCUCCAAGAGGGCUUCGGGGCGGGCCAGGGGGUGGUGCAGGGCACGGUGAACUCUCAGACGCUGGAGAGCCUGCGGCAACACACGCGGAACGCGUCGACGUUUAGCAGCACGAGUGCGGGGCUGGGCAGGACGCGCGCGUCGCUGCAGCGGCAGCGGGCGGGGCAGACGGACCCGCGGUCGCCGCUCGUGACGCUGAUGCCGGUGAACGCGAACCCGACGGAGGUGCUGGCAGGCCGCUUUGCGUCGUGGCGGGCGGUGAUCAAGGCCAUCAUCGUGUACUUGACGGAAACGGCGUCGAUCCAGGACGAGCUGGUGCGACAGCACCUGCGGCUGUCGCACGCGGUGAGCUUUCCGUUUUUCUCGGUAGAGAACGUGCGGCAGCCGAGCACGCCGGAGGAGAAGGCGAUUCAACAGUUCUUUUUGCCGCUGGGCAGCGGCUCGAUCCAGGACCUGCCUACGAUUCUCACGGGCUACCACGCGCAGAUGGCGUCAAUGGCGUCGAAGGCGUCGAAGGAGUUGACGAACGAGGUGAUUCCGCGCCUAGAGGACAUGCGGAGGGAUUUGCUGGUCAAGAUCAAGGAGAUCAAGUCGCUCCAGAGCGACUUCAAGAACUCGUGUGCCAAAGAGGUGAGCGAGACGAAGCAGAUGUUGCGGACGUUCCACGAGUCUGUGGAGCAGGCGCGAUACGGCACGCCGAAGAGCGACCCGUACUUGACGCGCAUCUUGCUGGACAAGCAGCUAAAACGGCAGCUCGCGGAGGAGAACUUCUUGCACCAGGCGUUCAACAACCUACAGGCUUCGGGCAAAGAGCUCGAAAAAGUCGUGGUUAUGGAGAUCCAGAGCGCGCUAACGGUGUACGCAAGAAUUUUGGGCCGCGAGGCGCAGCUCGUCUUCGACUCCGUGAUCACGAAAUUGGACAUGGGAUUUCUCAGCCGUGAUCCUGUCUUCGAGUGGGACGACUUCAUCGCGCGGGACCCCAACUUCGUGGAGCCGAGCGUGCCCAUGCGGAGUCUGAAAGACAUCACUUACAAGCAUCAGUACGACCCGUUGACUUACAAACUUCAGUGCGGUUUCCUAGAGAGACGUUCCAAAUUUCUUAAGUCAUACUCCCGGGGGUUUUACGUUUUGACGCCCUCAUUUCUACAUGAGUUCAAAACCUGUGACCGGAAGAAAGACGUUUCCCCCGUGAUGUCAUUAUCGUUGAGCGAUUGUACAGUAGCAGAACACUCCAAGAGAGAUUCCUCUGACUUCAAGUUUAUCCUUCACGCCAAACAAAAUGGGAUUAUCCAUAGGGGCCACAACUGGGUGUUCAGAGUUGAUUCCUACGAUACUAUGAUGGAGUGGUUCAACAAUAUCAAGAAGCUAACAUCCAUUAGUAACCCAACAGAAAAGGCGAAGUGGAUUACCGAGCAUUUAAACCUGGAUGUCAAUGGCAGGCCAAAGAGACACUCUUUGUUACGUGAUAACCAAUCCACGACCACCACGCGAACUAGCUCAAACCUGGACUCGCCGAACAACGCUGUUCAGUAUAUGCCGAACUAUGACGGGCAUACGAAUACAAAUACCACAUUAUCCAGUCCGGGAACAAGCUAUAUCCUGGAGUCACCGGGAGGGGCCACAAUACAGAUACCCCUGUCUAAUAAGAAGGAGGCUAAUAAUAGCCUUCUGCCUCCGAAACCUGUAUCGUAG